AUGGAUUUGGAAUACAAUUCGCAACCCCUUAAGCCACCGCUGACGGAUCAGCAUGCGCAAGAUGCACAGGAUCUUGCUGAUCUGGGUCAUUCCCAGGCCCUGACGCGGAAGUUCGAUAUGUGGAGUAUGCUGGCGCUGGCCUUCUGUGUACUUGGAACCUAUUCGACCUUCGCCCAAGAUCUCAGCAGCGGUCUGACAAAUGGUGGUGCUAUUACUAUCCUCUGGGGUCUGCUGCUAGUCACAGCAUGCAACCUCUGUGUUGCGCUCUCACUGGGCGAGUUGACUAGCAGCAUGCCGACCGCCCUCGGUCAGGCCUACUGGGUAUAUCGACUGUGGGAUACACCAUUGGGUCGAUUCAAUUCAUACAUGUGUGCAUGGAUCAAUGUAUUUGGAUGGUGGACCUUGACUGCGUCGCAGGUUGCCUUCAUGACUGAGUUCCUGCUGGGCAUGAAAACUAUGUUUGACCCCGAGUGGGAUGGAGCCAACAAGGGCUGGCUCAAUUUUGUUGUGUAUAUCGCGGUGGUCUUUGUGCUGACCCUGAUCAACGUCGUCAGCUGCCGUAAGGAGAAGAUCCUACCCUGGCUUAACAACUUUGUUGGAGUCUGGUUCUUCGGCCUGUUCAUCGUUCUCUCUCUUGUGCUACUUAUCUCGGUCGGAACCAAGAGUAAUCUGUCGUUCCAGCCGGCUUCUUUCGUGUUCGGUGCUUGGAAGAAUGAGACUGGCUGGGGCGACGGUGUGGUUUGGUUCACCGGCUUGGUACAGGCAGCGUACGGGUUGACCGCGUUCGAUUCGGUUAUUCACAUGGUGGAGGAAAUCCCUGCGCCUCGGAAGAAUGCUCCUCGAGUCAUCUGGAUGGCCGUUUUGUUCGGUGCCGUGACUGGAUUCAUCUUCAUGGUGGUCUGUCUGUUCUGCAUCCAGAAUGUAGACAAUGUCAUUAACGCCGACCUCCCCUUCAUGGAGCUUAUUGUCGAGACUGUUGGACUGAAAGGAGCCGCUGUACUCCUUGCACUGUUCAUUUUCAAUGGUCUAGGCCAGGGCAUCAGUAUCCUGACCACUGCCUCCCGUUUGACCUGGGGCUUUUCCCGCGACGGUGGUGUGCCUUUCAGCAACUACUUCAGCCACGUCGACCCUGUAUGGCAAGUCCCUGCUCGCGCUCUCUGGGGUCAGAGCAUUGUCAUCGGUAUUGUCGGCAUCCUAUACCUAUUCGCCAACACUGUGCUCGAGGCGAUUCUCAGUGUCAGCACUAUUGCCCUGACUGUCUCCUACGCCAUGCCGAUUCUUGCCUUGCUCGUCGUCGGCCGUGAUAAAUUGCCCCCGGGUCCAUUCAAGCUCGGUCGCAUUGGGCCGUGGUUGAACUGGGUCAGCAUCUUCUACUGUAUCAUCACUACCAUUUUCUUCCUGUUCCCUGGCAGCCCCAACCCGGCGCCCAGUGAUAUGAACUUUGCCAUUGCCGUGUUUGGCGUUAUGCUGGUCAUCGCUGUUGCAUUCUGGUUCAUCCGAGGCAACCGAACAUAUCUUCAGACUGAAGAUGCCAUCGCCUCGAUGGUCUACGCCCACCAUCUGGAAUUGAAUGAGGUGGGUGUUGAUGGCUCUGUUCCUGUUGUUCAAGCUCCAGUCAUCGUCGAUUAUAAAUAA